AUGGAGGCUUUCACCUUUGCGCUAUCCACACAGGUGAAUCUGCCUGUGUGGGUCAAGAUUGGCACACUUGAAGGCAAACAGAAGCAGAUACCAUUCUCGCGCCUUAUCCAGGACCCAGCGCUGCGAUAUCUCGGAUCCACUCAGAACCCCGUCUCUGAUCUGUUUGUGACGGUUCAAUUAUGGUCCGACUCAAAGCCCCUCGGGGUGCCCAUGCAGACUGCCUACAAGGCCUUCAAAGCGAGUCGAACAUGGAAUGAAUGGCUGCGCAUGCCCAUGCCGAUCAAGGACGUGCCCCGAAACUCACAGUUGGCAAUUACCGCCUGGGAUAUAUCUCCACUAGCAGGCGAUAAGAGUCACUAUGUUCCAUAUGGAGGAACAACGAUACCGCUGUUUGACAGUGAAGGCAAGCUGAAAAUGGGACGGCAGAAGUGCAAGUUCUACCGCCAUAAAGCUGCGGAUGGCUUCUCGUCGACAACCACGCCAUCAACUCCUCCGCCCAAGCGACGGAGACAAGGUGCCAGAGACCCUCUGGGUCCUUCGCCAGAGGAAGAGGAACUGGAGCGGAUUGAAGUCCUGAUCAAGAAGCACGAGAUGGGUGAAAUCGCUCGAAUUGAUUGGAUGGACCAGAUGGUCUUCCGCCAAUUGGAGAAGCUCAAAUUACAAGCUGAAGAAGCGGCUAAGAAAAGAGCUAUUCUCAUGGCAGCUGCUAAGCCAAAGGCUACUAGCGGGGCUGAUGAUGAUAGCUCCGAUGACGAAGAUAUCGACGAUGAGAACUUUACCCUCUACGUGGAACUCCCACGAUACGACCACCCGAUCGUUUGGGCUGAUCAUCACUACCCUGCGCCGCCCAUCUCCGGCUACAAUCAGAAUGUUCCGACCCACCCCAACUCUGCACUUAAGCCCGUUCCAGAGGUCCGGUUUGGGCCCGGAAUCGAGGGUGCUGAUGGUGCGGGCGUGAUCAAGAUAUAUGAUCCGGAAGUCGGAAUGACUGGAAACCCGUGUGAAGACAAACACCGACGGUUGAUCCGUAGUCAUCGAACGGGGAUCAUGGAUCGGGACCUCAAGCCAAACCCCAAGAACCGCGACGAGUUGAACAUCAUUGUGUCAUACGAACCGACACAGGAUUUGACUGCCGAGGAGAAAGAUUUGAUAUGGAGGUUCAGAUACUAUUUGACUCGUGAAAAGCGGGCUUUGACCAAAUUCGUUAAAUCUGUCAACUGGCGAGACGACGGAGAAUCUCGACAAGCCGUGGAGAUCCUGCCCAAGUGGACUGACAUCGAUGUUGACGAUGCCUUGGAGCUUCUAGGUCCCACUUUUGACAAUCCUGCGGUACGAUCAUAUGCCGUGGCAAGACUACGCAAGGCAGAUGACGACGAACUUCUUCUUUAUCUCCUACAACUGGUUCAAGCAUUGAAGUAUGAAGAGAAUGCAGAAAACAAUGCCGAUGAGGCAGCCCAUGACUCCUCACUAGCCAACUUCCUGAUCGCCCGGGCGGCCAACAAUUUCAAGCUCGGAAACUACCUACACUGGUACCUGAUGGUCGAAUGCGACGACGCAGGCCCAGGUUCACAGCGUGAACUAUUUGCCCGGGUCGAGUUCUAUUUCAUGACGGAGCUAGAGAAGAUCCACGCUGAACACCGAAAGAUUCUACUGCGACAGGGCGAGUUAGUCGCUGUGCUCUCGAAGAUCGCCAAAGAUAUUCGAUUCUCCCGAGAGAACAGGGUUGUGAAAAUCGAAAAGCUGAAGAAGUCGAUUCGAGAUCCGAAGAAUGACUUGAUUCAUAUCGAUCCCCCACUGCCGUUGCCAUUGGAUCCUGAUGUUUUGCUCACCGGAUGCUAUCCUGACGAAUCCAAUGUCUUCAAAUCCACAUUGUCACCUCUCCAAAUCACAUUCAAGACGACCGAUGGCCGGCGAUACCCCUUGCUCUUUAAGAUCGGUGACGAUCUCCGCCAGGAUCAGCUGGUCAUUCAGAUCAUCAUGCUCAUGGAUCGUCUUCUGCAAAAAGAAAAUCUGGAUCUGAAAUUGACUCCAUACCGUAUUCUAGCCACAAGCUCAACGGCAGGCGCAGUCCAGUUUAUUCCUUCGACCUCCCUCUCUGCUGCAUCCGCCAAGUACAAAUCCAUUCUCGCAUACCUGAAAGAGCACAACCCGGACGAGAAUGAACCCCUAGGUGUUCGCAAGGAGGCCAUGGAUACCUAUAUCAAAUCUUGUGCCGGGUACUGCGUAAUCACAUACCUUCUCGGUGUCGGUGACCGCCACCUGGAGAAUCUGCUUCUGGCACCUGAUGGUCACUUCUUCCACGCAGACUUCGGCUUCAUCCUGGGCCGAGACCCUAAGCCCUUCGCACCGAUGAUGAAACUCUGCAAAGAGAUGGUCGAGGGUAUGGGAGGCACCACCUCCCCUCACUACAUGCAAUUCAAGCAGUACUGCUUCACAGCAUAUACCACGCUUCGCAAGUCCGCCAACCUGAUCCUCAACCUUUUCAGUUUGAUGGUGGAUGCCAAUAUCCCCGAUAUCCGCGUUGAACCCGACAAAGCUGUGCUGAAAGUCAAGGAACGCUUCCAUCUGGAGAUGACGGAAGAGGAAGCCAUUCGCCAUUUUGAGCAGCUUAUCAGUGACAGUGUCAACGCUAUAUUUGGCGUUGUGAUUGAUCGGCUUCAUGACUUUGUGCAGGGAUGGAGGGCAUAG